GACCGCUACUUCGCCAUGUCGAUCACCGACGCCGCCGCCGACGCCGACGCCGACGCCGCAGCUCCCUCCGCCGCCGAAGUCGCCUCCCACCACCACCUCCUUCCUCCUCCUCCUCUGGCAAGCCCCGUCGACCUCAUGGACCCAUCUCCUUCGAGCACUACUCGCGCCGUCCCCUUCUCCUCCGGAAACCCUAGAAUCGAGGAGACCCAUGGAAUCAUGCACCUCUACCCCGAGGACGCCGCAUCGCGCUCCCACCUCCCGGUGGGGAGGAAGCCUCUCGUGUGCGUCCUCGCGGUGCCGAACCACAUGACCUACGCCGAUUUCUGCCGAUUCUGCGGUUCUUUCGUGCAGCACAUGCUCGAGAUGCGAAUUGUGAGGAAUGAUGGAGCAGAAGAUCACUAUAGCGUUCUCAUAACGUUCGAUGAUCAAAGUUCAACAGAUAGCUUUUACAAGCAUUUCAAUGGGAAGCGAUUUUCAUCAUUAGAGGGUGAUAUUUGUGGUGUCUGUUAUGUAGUAGAUGUACAGUAUACUGGAUCAAUUGAACAUUCACAGUGCUCAAUUAGUAGCUCAGCUGAACAGCCUAAUUGUCCGGUAUGUCUUGAGAGACUUGAGCAAGAUUACGGUGGCAUUCUAACAACGAUCUGCAAUCACUCCUUCCACUCUUCAUGCAUAUCGAAAUGGACAGAUUCUUCGUGUCCAGUUUGUAGAUAUUGUCAGCAACAACCUGAAAAAUCUACAUGUUCUGUUUGUGGAACCUCUGAGAACCUAUGGAUUUGUGUUAUUUGUGGGUUUGUUGGUUGUGGAAGGUACAUUGAAGGACAUGCUAUCACACAUUGGAGAGAGACUCAACACUGUUACUCGCUUGAACUGGAGACACAAAGAGUUUGGGACUAUGUAGGUGACAAUUAUGUUCACCGGCUAAUUCAGUCCAAAACCGAUGGGAAAUUGGUUGAGUUAAAUUCCCAUUGUGUUCAAUGUGAUGAUGUCUUUGGAACUUGCACAUGUAGUGGAGACUCUGGAAUCAGCGACGCUCUGUUCAACAGUAAAGUUGAAGCUAUUCUUGCUGAGUAUAAUGACCUCCUCACAUCUCAACUAGAGAACCAAAGAAAAUAUUUUGAAUCGCUGCUUCUAGAGGUCAAGGAAGAAAAUGAGAAAGAAAUUUCUGAGGCUGCUGAGAAGGCCGUGAAUAUAAAACUGCAGAAAUUACAAAUGAAGCUCGCCAAGUGUGUGGAAGAGAAGAAGUUUCUUGAUGAUAUCAAUGAGAAUCUUUUGAAAAAUCAAGAGAUGUGGAAAGCAAAGAUUCUGCAAAUAGAAGAAAGGGAGCGAUCUGCGGUGAGACUGAGAGAUGAGAAAAUACGGAAUCUGGAAGAACAGCUGAGAGAUCUAAUAGCUCACAUUGAAGGACAAAAUGCGGUGGAUCAACUUCCCGACUCGGUCUCGAGCGAGAUAAAAGGCGGCACGGUUCUCCCUCUACCCUCGUCUUCAUCAUCAUCAUCAUCUUCCUCAUCGUCCUCCAGCAGCAAAAGUAGUAAGCGCACCACCACAAGGAACCGGAAAAAUAACUGACUACAUUUACGCUAAUGGGAAAAAUGUAAAAGGGAAUAGGGUUUGACAUGUAUAGUAUCUCAUUUUUCCGGGGGUUUCUUUGUUUGUUUUUAUUAUUGAAAGAGAUGGUGUAAUGCGCAAAAGAUGGGUUUUUUAGUAGGCAUGUAUAUGAUUCAUGUAUUUUUAGUUCUUGUGUAUCUCCGUAAACAAUUACCUUUUUUUUAUAUUUUGUUUUGUUGGUUUAAAUUCAAUGUAAUGUAUGUUUUGUGGGUUUC